GGCGAGCCCAGGUAACUCAGGAAGGCAGGUUGCUAAUUAUUCUCAGAAGAAAGUAAGGUGUACGGUUACAGUGCUGCAGUAGGAAGUCAGGAGGUCAAACUUUCCCAGUAACCGACUCAACUGGGCACUGCCUGGAUCCUUCCUAAAGAUCCUGCUGCCUGCCUCAUCCCCACUAUAUUUAGGAAAUGGGAGAGAAUGAAACGAGCUUCCCAAAUCCUCCCUUGCAAGGUAAAAAGAUGGCUUAUCAUAAAGUCAGUGGAGACCAGAGGGCACAAUACCUGGAUGAUGAUGACCUCAAAGCCACUUCUCUGGAGCUAGAAUGGGACAUGGAGAAAGAACUGGAGGAGCCUGGCUUUGACGAUUUCCAUCUGGACGGGGAAGUUCAUCAACCAGCAGGAAGUACGCAAAAUGCUGACAUUGACCUGGAGCCCAUUCAGCCAUCAGCAUCUCCCAAAGGAAGAUUCCAAAGGCUUCAGGAGGAUCCAGAUUACGUCUCCCAUUAUACGAGGCCUGCGCCAAAGAGCAACCGCUGCAGCUUUUGUCGGAUAUUUAAGCUAUUUUGCACUGCUAUGGGUUUAUUUAUUCUGGGGAUUCUGAUAGGCCACUAUGGACAUGCACAAUGCCCUCCUUCCCCUACCCCUUCAGAACCAAGUGAUCCUCAAUUCAGCCAAGAGAUUCUGAAAGGACUCAAAGGAAAAGACCUUGCACAGAUUUUCAGAGACUUGAUUCAGCUGCAUGGAAGAGAAGAUAGAGAUAUUGCCAUGAAGCUUCUGGGUCAAUGGACAUCCUAUGGCCUUGAAGAUGUCCAGCUCGUAAAUUACUCUGUCCUGCUUGACCUACCAGGCUCUUCCCCAAAUACAGUGACUCUGAACCACACGGGAGAAUGCUUUUAUGCUAGUGGACAGCCAUGUAACCAGGAGACCCCAAAGCUGCACAAUCAAGACCUUCUAUACUCCUAUGCUGCUUACUCUGCCAAAGGAACUCUCACGGCAGAAGUCAUUGAUGUUCGGUAUGGGACUGCAGAAGAAUUGCUCAGGGUUCAAACCCUUGCAAAUGUCUCCAGCAAAAUUGCGCUGUUGAAGCUAGGCCAUUUGCCUUUGCUGUAUAAGCUUUCUCUGCUAGAAGAAGCAGGUUUUGGAGGUGUAUUAAUUUACAUCGAUCCUUGUGACUUACCAAAGACUCAAAAUCUGAGCAAUACGGCAUUUAUGGUGUCCUUAAACAGUGGAGGUGACCCUUCGACACCUGGAUAUCCAAGCAUUGAUGGAAGCUAUAAAGAGUACCGAUCAAACCUCACUUCUCUAUUAGUCCAGCCUAUUUCUGUGAUGCUGGCGAGAAAGCUGCUCUCUUCCCCAGAGAAAGGUGGUGAAAAUGAAGCUUGCAGGACCCUGGAAUUGCCUGCUACAGAAAGGAUAAUCAUCACUCUAAAUGUCCAGUCUCAGCCAACCUAUAAGACAAUGUCCAAUGUUAUUGGAUAUUUAAAAGGAGCUACGCUUCCUGAUAGAUAUGUCAUCGUUGGCAGCCACCACAGCAGCUUGCAUGGUUACAGUAGCCAGCAGUGGGCUCAUGGCACAGCCGUGAUGACUGCAUUUAUUCAAGUCUUGAUGCUGAAGGUAAAGAAAGGGUGGAGGCCUGAUCGGACCAUCAUCUUCUGCUCAUGGGGAGAGACGGUGUUUGGCAACAUUGGCUCCUAUGAAUGGGCAGAGGACCUCAAGAAAGUUCUCCAGAGGAAUGCUGUGGCAUACAUGAGUCUGCAUGACCCAGUAAGGGGCAAAGCAAUUCUACAGUCCAUAGCAUCCCCUUCCCUUCAGCAAUUGGCAACCGACAGACACAACUUCAGCUGUCUCGGGCAAGAGAAAUGCAUGGAAUCCAAUGUCAGUUCUGUACAAAUGCAAGGCGAUUCUGACUAUUUCAUCAACCAUCUCGGGGUCCCAGCUCUGCAAUUUUCAUACCAGGAUUCGACAGCAUUAGAGACCGUAAGCUUUCUCUCUGAAGCCGUUUUUCCUGUGCAGUCAACAAUAUCCACGGAGCUAGAUCCUUCCUUUAUUCUGCAUGAAUCCAUCGCAAAGUUGACGGGGGAAGUUAUUUUACAAAUCGCCAACAAUCCUGUUUUACCCUUUAAUGCCCUGGAUAUUGCAUUAGAAGUUCAGAAGAGCCUUCAAGAUGACCAUCUAAAUGUUGACCAUUUGCUGACAAUGGCCUCUGCUCUGAGGGAGAGUGCACAGUUGUUCCAGUCAGAUGAAAUGCGUCCAGCGAACGACCCAAAGGAGAGAGCUCCCACCCGCAUAAGAAUGCUGAAUGAUGUACUGCAGAGCCUUGAAAAAAACUUCUUAGUUCCACAAGUUCCUCCAGGAUUUUACAGAAACAUCCUUUACAGACUGGAUGAAAGGACACACCAAUUUUCAGUACUGCUAGAGGCGGUGGAACACUGCAAGCUACAUCAGUCAAAUGAGACUCUCCAAGCAGCCUUGUCAAAAGUGCUCAACAGCUUCAAUUCAGCUCAGGUUUAUUUCAAAGCAGGACUCGAUGUCUUUGAGGCUGCCUUAGUGGGAAGCCAAUGAAGAAAGGGCCUCUUUGACGUAAGUGCACAUGUGGGAGUGCACGCAGGUGCCCGAUUGAGAACUCUGUUUACAUUUUGCAAAGGAAAACUUUCCAGUUGGACCAGAAACG